AUUCCAUUUGAGAUUAUAAAAAGAGUAGUUUUAAUUCAUAGAUAAUGGUUAAGGUAACGAUAGUUGGAAGGGGAAGUGAUGGGUUACCUCUAGCACAAGGACUAAGAUAUGUGAAUGAAGAAAAUUCCUAUCUUUCAUUUUAUAGGCAAAAAGCAGAGUUUAUACUCCAAGAAAUUUCAAAAGGAACAUUGACACCUUCCAUGAUGACCAUUCUCAUUGACCAUUACUGCUUCAACUUCUUGGUAGAGAAUGGAGUUGUUUACGUUGUUUUAUGUGAGUCUACAUACCCAAGAAAACUGGCAUUUCAUUACCUACAAGACAUACAAAAAGAGUUUGAGAAGUUUGAUAAAACCCUCAUAGGCAAAAUCACAAAGCCAUAUAGCUUUGUCAAAUUCGAUGGUAUAAUUGCAAACUUUAGUAGACAAUACAUUGAUACAAGAACUCAAGCCAAUCUAGCAAAACUUAAAACCAACAAGAAACAAGAGGUAAACAUUGUUACAGAAGAAAUGUCCAACAUUUUAGAAAGGAGGAGGAGAAGUUUAGAAACAAUGAGAAGGUUAGUAGUUACUCCUCAACCUACAUCCUCAACAAUAUGGUGUUCCCCACGCCUUGAGGUGAUUGCAAUGAAAUGGACACCAAUUUUGAUCAUGGUCAUUACCUCUAUUGCUCUUCUAUGGGCAAGCUUAGUCCUCAAAGAUGACUAUAUUAUUUCAUCAGGCUGAUGAAUUAAUCCAAGAUUAAUGAAGGAUGAAACUUCCAUAGUACAGUAUAUAGAAGGACAUCAUGGCCCACUAGCUUGUAUUUGAUUUUAGAAAGAGAUAAAUAUAUGUAGUGCCCCACUGAUAUCAUAUUAUCAUUUCCCUAGCAGGUCAUCUCACAUAAUAAUCCAGAAAUAACAUAGU